GGGAGGGCCGUGCCGUGCCGUGCCGUGCCGCCGGCGGCCCCGGUGCAGGGCGGGAGGCGGCGGCGGCGGCGGGGCAAUGGCCUGGUCCCGGUAUCAGCUGGGCCUGGCCGCCCUCAUGCUGCUCACCGGCUCCAUCAACACCUUGGCGGCCAAGUGGGCUGAUAACUUCAGUGCAGCUGGCUGUGGUGAGACAGUGGAGCACAGCUUCCAGCACCCCUUCCUGCAGGCUGUGGGCAUGUUCCUGGGGGAAUUUUCCUGCCUGUGGGUGUUUUACCUGCUGAUGUGGAGGGAUCAGCGGAGGCCAGAGCCCAGCAUGGCCCCAGCUCAACCUUUCAACUCAUUGCUCUUCCUGCCCCCUGCCCUCUGUGACAUGACUGGGACCAGCAUCAUGUAUGUGGCCUUGAACAUGACCAGUGCUUCCAGCUUCCAGAUGCUGCGAGGAUCCGUCAUCAUCUUCACUGGGCUUCUCUCUGUUGCCUUCCUGGGACGCAAGCUGGAGCUCAACCAGUGGCUGGGCAUCUUUAUCACCAUUGUGGGGCUGGUGGUGGUGGGGUUGGCUGACCUGAAUAGCUCCCAUGACCAGAAACACAAGCUCAGUGAAGUGAUAACAGGUGACUUGCUCAUCAUCAUGGCUCAGGUCAUUGUUGCUGUCCAGAUGGUGCUGGAGGAGAAGUUUGUCUACAAGCAUGACGUGCACCCACUGCAGGCAGUUGGCACCGAAGGUUUCUUUGGUUUCAUCAUCCUGGCCCUGCUGCUGGUGCCCAUGUACUACAUCCCGGCAGGAGGCUUCAGCGGGAACCCUCGGCAGACGCUGGAGGAUGCCCUGGAUGCCUUCUGCCAGAUCGGCCGGCGGCCCCUCAUCGCCUUGGCGCUGCUGGGCAACAUCAGCAGCAUCGCCUUCUUCAACUUCGCUGGCAUCAGCGUCACCAAGGAGAUCAGCGCCACCACCCGCAUGGUCCUGGACAGUCUCCGCACCCUGGUCAUCUGGGCUGUCAGCUUGGCCCUGGGUUGGGAGACCUUCCACGGCUUGCAGAUCUUGGGCUUUGGGGUGCUGCUGCUGGGCGCUGCCCUUUACAACGGCCUGUACCGCUCCCUGCCCGCCUGCCUGCCGCGGCGCCAGGAGGAGAGCGGCGCCGCCGCCGCCGAGCGGGAGAGUUUGCUGCACGGGGAGAGCACAGCCAUCAACAGCGACAGCUGAGGGCGAUGUCUGCCCUCUCGUUGCCCGUGGCCAUUUCUCCUCCCUUCAUCAGGAAGGUGUUGGCAGGACGGACAUGGUGCUGGUGAUGAUGAUGAUGAUGGUGGCCACCGUCUUUGCAGGACAAACCUCACCCCUGCCUCACUGCCACAGGUCAGGAAAACAUUGCAAGGCUGUUCCUGUCCUUCUUGCUGGGGAGGUGAGCCCCAGCAGUGGUUUGUGUAUCAAAGCCUUUGCCCCUGGUCCCACGGGGCUCUCGGAGGGGACUGGUGGGGGGGGGGGGUUGCAGCUGGGGCUGGGGCUGGCCCUGCUGCUCCCCAACCUGUGUCUCCUCCCAGUAAAGUGCGUCUGCCCAUCCUUUGCUUCCCGUGUCUGUGCUGGUGGUGUGGAUCAUCCUGGGAGGGAGGUGGAGGCUCAGUGGGGAGGAUGUGGAAACAGGGUGUGGUCCCAGGCAGGUUUGGAGGAUGCUGUGUUUCCCCUGUUCUCAAGGGGGUGGCUGUGCAGGAAAUGAUCCUUGGCGUCCUCAGAGGAAGGCAAUCAAACCCCUUUCAUGUGGGGUGUGGGUGAAGGUAACAGACCCCAGGAACUGUUACAGGGGCCUCCUGAUGCACCAGGUUUGGGGGAGCUGGGUCCUUUUUUCCCCUGCCUAUUCCACACUACCCCACGAUCAUCCCCAGGCACAGGCAGCUGCUUUCUGGAGCCUUUAUUUGCUCAUCAGGACUCAUUCCCAAGGAGGCACAGGAGAAAAUACCUGGGGAGGCUUCAACUCUACCUUUAUUAUCUGUUUGGGGCCCGUGGUGGGACCCCAGCAGGAGUGGAGGCAGGGGUGGUGAUGAUGGCAGCGGCAUUCUCCCUCCUGGCAUGGGGACAGGGUGGCAGAGGGAGGCUUGGUGAGGCUGCGGCAGUGAUGGGGAGCAUCACGCAGCUACUCUCUGCAGGAGGAAGGAUAGGAAGGGAGGGGCUGAGCCGCGGCAUGAGGCCCGCUCCAGCCUU